AUGGCUAUAUAUGUACAGUACAGCCACCAGAAAUCCAGACAGACGGGGAAAAUAGUGAAGAUGAACGUCAUGCCAGUGAUCGAUCUGCAAGAUUCUGGAGAUAAUCUCAAGAAGAAGCUGAGAGAGGCGUGCGAGGAGUGGGGAUGUUUCAGAUUGACGAACCAUCGUAUUGAUUCAAGUCUCAUGGCGGAGAUGAAGAAGGCUGUGAGAUCUCUGCUCGACCUUCCUGGUUCUGUUCCUAAAAUAGCACGAUUCUGUUUCCGCGUUCCCGGUCACUUUCUACGAGAGCUUGGGACUCAACAACAUGGUUUCUUGUCACGCGGUUCGAGAUUUCUCUCCUCACCAAACGAAAGUGAUAGAAUCAUAUGGGAAAGCAAUACGAUUAACAAAUACGAUUUUACACCAGAAACGAAAGGGUCAUGUGGCGUGCAAACGCACGCAGACCUAAGCUUCAUCGCUAUUCUACAAGAUGAUGAAAAUGUUGGAGGGCUUCAAGUGAUUAAUAAUGAGUCUGGUUCAUUUGUUGAUGUCCCUCCUUGCCCAAGAAGCUUCUUUGCCAUUCUUGGUGAUAUUGCUCAUGGAGACAUAGAAUCACCUGAGGAGCUUGUGGACUCUAAUCAUCAUCCUCGUCUCUUUCUUCUUUUCUCUUACGAAUAUUACAGGAAUCUUAGGAUGUCCCAAAAAAUCCAUGCUGGAGAAUCCCUCGCCCUAAUACACGUCUCUAUGAUCUCUGAUUGA